UCGAUCUGACCAGUGGCUGUUGAGCUUUGAGCGCGUUCCGUUCAAAAACAAAAAUGGCGACCGGUGUUGUUCUCCGGUGGCUGGAGAAGUCAGACCCUGCCCAGCUCUUCUCCGAGUUGGCUGCAGACCCACAAGACACCUUGGAUGCAGAGAUGAUGGUUUCCCAUCUGAUGGCCAGUCGUCAGAAACAGAAACUGAUGUGCCUGCAACUGUGCAUGCUGGACAGCAUGAUGGAGUUCCUGUGCGAACUGAAAUCCCCACUUGAUUUUCUCAACGACCAGUGCCCAAGAGCUUCAGAGGGUGAUUCUCGUAAGCAGUGGAAGGCCCUUAAGAGGCAGUACCAGGCUGGUCUGGUUGAGGGUGAUGCUCGUAAGCAGUGGACGGCCCUUAAGAGGCAGUACCAGGCUGGUCUGGCUGAGAAGGAGGGUGAUUCUCGUAAGCAGUGGAAGGCCCUUAAGAGGCAGUACCAGGCUGGUCUGGUUGAGGUGGAGGACAUGACUUGCCGUCUACAGGAGCAGAGUGUACAGCUACAACAAAGGAGGGACAAGCUCAACACACUAGUACUACUGCUGGAACAGAAGAAGGAGGAAUGCCAGGCUGUAGAGCGCAUCAGGAUGAGGAAGAACAAGACCGCUGAGAUGCAGACAAGUCUGGGGCUGGAUGACUCUCUGCAGAAGGCCCAGCAUGCUUUGCAGCAGUGUGAGCGUCAGCUGGGGAGCCUCCAGCAGGAGAGUCACGGCCUGCAGUCACACCUGGACCACCUCUCAGCCAUCAGAGACGGGCUGCUGAGCUCUCUGCAGGUGUGUCAGAGCCAGGUGCAGUACCAGGUGUCGGCCUGGGUGAGCGCCACUGACAUGAGCGUGGAGCUGAGACCCCACAGCCAACAGCUGGAGCCCCUCAAGCUCACGGUCACCCCCAAACCCCCACACCACUUCCACCUGCAGGUAUUCCAGGGUAAUGCAGGUGUCCAGGAGGAGACCCUGCGAGGCAGUGCUGAGGAGCUGGGAGCCACUAUGCUGCUGGUCAUGCAGAACUACUUAGCACAGGGGGGCAUGCUGCACGAGAUGCAGACGCUACACUCCAGGUUUGCCAUUGACUGGCGUCCGGCUCAGCGGCUGCUUGUCUUCCUGAAGACGGCCUCAGUGGUGUGCCACCUUGUAGUGGAGGAGGGGUACCCCACGCAGGGCAGCGCCACCCUACAGGCUGUACGCAAGGAGGGGCACGAGCUCAACAUCGCCUCCCUACAGCCUCCGUCGCCUCAGCCCAGCCUGACUGAAUGGCUAGAGUUCCUGUCCUGCUGCCCAGACCUGUGAGACCUGCUGUCCUAAAUACGCGCACACACACCUGUAUCUGACCGGGUCUGCCACACACACACACACACACACACACACACACACACACACACACACACACACACACACACACACACACACACACACACGCGCGCGCGCGUCUGCUCAACUGGCCUCCUACACACUCACUACACACAUUUGCCUGACUUCCUUGGCUCGUAAUAAUCAACAGCCUCUUAUCUAUGUGUGUCUUUGUUUGUUUUAUUCUGAUUUGCCUAUCCUUUACUUGUUCUUUACUUUGUUUUUCAUGUUGAAUUUGUUCUUUUUUCCUUCUCUUCCUGCUAUUGUGGCUGUCAGCUGAUGUCAUCAAUAAAGUGUCUGUGCAUUGGAAA